GAAUACGAAUGGAAGAAACGUUCUAUUUAUGUUGGAAAAAAAUUUGUACAUAGUUCCAGUCUAUCUGAGUGGAGGUCUGGAGAGUGAGUGGGAAUUGGAUUACUGUAUGUUGUAUGAUUUUCUGUUCUCUUUCGAUGAUACCGAAAAUAUGAUUAUUGUGGGAGAUUUAAAUGGGCGAGUUGGAGAAGGGCAGAGCUUACCGACACAAGUCGCGUUCGAUAACACAGGCAUUGAGUACGAACGCCGGUCUAAAGAUACCGUAAUCAAUAAAAAAGGAAGAAAAUUAAUAAAUCUCUGUGAGGAGUUUAAUUUCGUUAUUUUAAAUGGUAGGGUCACGGGGGAUGAGUCGGGGGAGUUCACAUUUGUUAAUAAUAGAGGAGCGUCGGUUAUCGAUUUGUGUUGUGUCAGCUUAGAUAGUUUGCAUUUAAUUGAAUAUUUUGAAGUGAAGGGCGCGAACUUCUCAGAUCAUUUUCCCAUAAGUAUAUCUAUCAAGUGUGAAAGUAUAGCAGAAGUUGAAAAAAGCUGUUCAGUACCACUUGCCCCAAAACUUACCUGGAAUAGCGCGAAUGGAAAUAGUUUUGUUGAUAAAUUAGCAGAGAGGUGUCGGAAUGUUUCUCAUUUACCAGAAGAUAUCGAUGAGGCAUGUACUUUACUGAAGGAACUGAUAUAUGACACCACCAAUUUCAAGAAUGAGCCGAAAUUAGUAAAUAAUAAGUUCAAGAAAAGUAUUUGGUACGAUCGAGAAUGUGAAAUGGCUAGGAACACAAUGUUUGCUUUAUUGAAAUUAUUUAGAAAAAAUAACUCUAUCGUAGUUAAGAAUGACUAUUUAGCGGCUGUGAAAGACUACAAAGAAAUAUGUAAGAGGAAAAAAGAUGUUUAUUGGGAGGGAGUAAAAACAAAAUUAAAAUCAGUUAGAGAUUCUAAACAUUUUUGGGAACUGGUGCGUGAAUUUAAAGGAAAAAACGAGGUGAGAAAAAUAGAUAUAAAACCAGAGGAAUGGGUAUGUCAUUUUAAAGAGCUAUACACGCCUAUUCGAGUAUGUGGACCAACAUCGUAUGCAGAGCCCCAUAUUACGGAUGAGUUAUUGGACAAAGCCUUAGAUAUCAACGAAAUCAGGUUAUCACUAAAAAAGUUACGAAAUGGAAAGGCUCCGGGGGAAGAUAGAAUUUGUGGUGAGUUUUACAAAAAAGCGCCUGUAACAUACAUACAAUUGAUGAUAAUUCUUUUCAAUAGGAUUUUUGAUGUAGGCAAGGCUCCAGAAUCAUUCAAAAAAUCAAUAGUCUUCCCAUUGCACAAAAAAGGAGAUACGCGAGAUCCGAAAAACUAUAGGGCGAUAUCUUUCACCAACUCAAUUUAUAAGGUAUUUGUAGGGUGUUUACUGAAUAGACUAGAGCAGUGGGUAACGCAGAGAAAAAUUAUUAGAGAGAAUCAAGCCGGUUUUAGAAAAGGGUAUUCGUCAGUCGAUAAUAUUUAUGUUUUGUACAACUUGAUAAGAUAUCAUAUGUUGGUAAGAAAUAAAAAGGUUUACUGUUUCUUUGUGGACUUCAAGGCCGCGUUUGACUCUAUUGAUCGAGAAGCGUUGUUCUACAGAUUAUUGGAAAUAGGUAUUUCAAAUAAGUUUGUCCGGGUGUUGAGAGCAUUAUAUGAGAAAGUAACAUCCGCUGUAUGGUGCAAGAAUGGUAAUGGUCUUACAGAAAGUAUUGAGUUUGAGAGUGGCUUAAAACAGGGAUGUUUAGUAUCCCCGAUUCUGUUUUCUAUCUUUACUCACGAUAUUUGUGAAUACAUAGGAGGUGGGCUACGGAUGGGAGAUACUGAAAUAAAUGCACUCCUUUAUGCUGACGACUUGGUGAUAUUCACUGAUAGUAUUCACAAAAUGCAGAGAAUGAUAAAUAAAUUGAGAGAUUAUUGUUGCCGGUGGAACUUGAUAUUGAAUAGAGAUAAAUCGAAGAUAAUCGUCUUUAGAAAGGGGGGUAGAUUAAGCCGGAGUAGUAAACGAGUACAAGUACCUUGGAGUCACUUUCACUUCUACGUUAUCUUUGACUAGCCAUUUUAAAGAUAAAGUAUCGAUAGCAAAAUACGGUAUAAAUAGUGUAUGGAAGAAACUGAUUACAAACAAUGAAGUGCCGUUAUCAACCAAAAGGCAGGUGUUUAGUUCGGUAAGCAAGGCGACGGUAACAUAUGCUGCCCAAGUAUGGGGGUAUCAGCAAAGAGAGGAAUUGGAGCGACUGCAUAGAUUCUUUAUUAAGAGACUGUUCUGUUUGCCGGUCAAUACACCAAAUUAUAUUUUGUAUUUGGAGAGUGAAGAGAAUAAUAUAUGGUUGGAUACAUUAAAAUUGAAUUGUAGAUACAUAGCGAAAACGAUAAGCCUAUCAGAAUCUAGAUUUAUAAGAAAAAUAACAAUAUUGACAUCCCGAAGUAAAUGCGGUUGGGCUAAGGAAUGGAGAAUGUUGAGUAGACAAUAUAAUGUGGAUUGGAUAGACCCUGUAACUCACCCUAAUGAAUGGCUAGGAAAAUGUGAGAUUAUUAUUAAUCGAAUACGCAACAAAUUAAUAGAAACGUGGUGGGAUUGUGCCGCAAAUUCGCAGUUUCAUUCCAUUUAUUAUAAUCUUAGAAUGUGUCAUCCAGUAAGACCAGAUUAUAUUAGCGACAUACAUAGUAGGCGUUUUAUCAGUCAGAUUUUCAAGGUGAGAGGGUCUCUAUUACCUCUCAAUUUUAGGGUGGGUAGAGAUUAUGAAAGUUAUAUUUGCUCACUGUGCAAUAGUAGAGAAGUGGAAGACACCCAUCACUUCAUAGGUAGAUGUAAAAUCCUAGGUGAAUUACGUGCCAAAUGGUUUGGAUGUUGGGUAUUGAAUGAGGUGGCAGUUCUCCAAUACCUGAAUGGUAAAGAUUGGAGAAUCCUGUUUGGGUAUGUAAAUGAGGCACUUAAGUAUCGGGAGUUUUUAGUGUUAGAGUAUAAUUUCUGAAUAAGUACAUUUAAUAUGUGGGAUUUGUCAUUAUUUUGUGCAUUCUGAUUAACCGUAAUUUUUGUAAUCAAGGAUUUAUAAAAUUGAGUUUAUGUUCACUUAUAUGAUGUAUAAUCUAUGCUUUUUCAAGUAUGUAUCUGAUAAUUUAAUUCGUUGCUAUAAUGUAUAAAUUAAAUGUUAAGUUAAUAUUGUAAACAACCAACUCUGGCUGACGGCAUAAAGCCAUGCCUAUUGAAUUUUUGACUUAUUGAAUUGUAAAUUGUAUCCUUUGUUUUGUAUAAUAAAUUCUUUUAUCUAUCUAUCUAUCUAUC